AUGAACUCGCACCGACAUUUGCUCCGUAGCCUCAUCACACCGGCGGUCUUUGGCAUGGCAUGCCGAGGCAGUGAGGAUGAAAUCAAGGAACAGAUCCACCUUUCCAUCCAUCCACAUCACCGGCUUUUAGAAUACAAAGACAGUCAAGGCAAGACCAUGCUCCAGCAUGCUUCCUAUUGCGGUCAAGUUGGAUUGGUGUCCUUCCUCCUGAAGAUGGGUGCCAAUACCCAAUCUCGAGACUCGCAAGGCCUCCAGGCCCUUCAUUAUGCCGCGGCUGUUGGAUCAGUUUCUACGUUGGACCAACUUUUGUCUCUGGAUCAGUCCGUUAAUGGGCGUUCCAAUGCUGGGAACACUGCUCUCAUGUGUGCCGUUCAAUUUGGUCACGCCAAGGCAGUUCGGUUCCUUCUGGAUCAGGGUGCCCAAACGACGCUUCAGAACAAUCGGGGCCAAUCGGCCUUGGAGAUGGCUAUUGUUGGGGACCAAUGUCCAUUGGAAGUUUUGGAUAUGCUUUUGGACGAUCCUGAUUGUCGCGUGGAGAUUAUGGCAAAUGGAGGUCGGUUUCUAAGUUUGGCCGCUCUCACGGAUAACGUGAAGAAAUGUGAGGCUAUGAUUCGAGUUUUGCCGAAAGACUACAAGUUCGACACCCUAGAUGAAUCUGAUAACCCGAUCUUGAGGUUAGCCCAACGAUCUCAAGGAUAUCCCAGAGCCAAUGAACUUGAGAUUGUUCAGAAGAUCGCACAAAAAUUCCCCAAACUCUUACACUUCCUCUAUCAGGAGGGCCUUCAGACACCAAUCAGUGUCAAGAACAGGCUUCACUUUCUUUGUCAAAUCGUUAAAGCAAAUUGA